UUCUCUCGCACUCUCCGUCCAUUUUUCUUUUUUGUUUUCCAACUUCUGAAAAUAGAUCGGUUAAAUAGAGGACCCUCCAAAAAAAAAAAAAAAAAAAAAAAGCUUAUCUAGAAAAACUAAUCGGUACGGAGCACGAGGUUCAUCGCAACAUAUCGCCUCUACGUCGAUUUGUAAAGCGUGCGGAGCAACGACGUCGCCAACGCGAUCAAACCUUUUGUGUUUUUUUGUGUGGGUGUUCGUCAGGCAGUCGUCCAGUUCAAUGUCGAGCUACGAUUUGAUGUUGGCUCCAAGUGCCAUGGCUCCCAAGCUUAUGAAGAUGAUACGCGUCGAGGCCCCACUCCUUCGCGAGAUUAUGGCUGAAUUCCUGGGCACCUUCAUUCUAGUGCUGUUUGGCGACGCCAGUGUAGCCCAAUCGAAACUAUCAAAUGAAGCUAAUGGUGACUUCUUCUCCAUAAACUGGGGCUGGGCAAUUGGCGUCAUGAUGGGAGUCUUGGUUGCUGGGGGCGUAUCGGGUGCCCAUUUGAAUCCCGCUGUCACGUUGGCAAUGGCUUGUGCUGGUCGUCUAGCAAUCAUCAAAGUUUUCUUUUACAUGCUGGCCCAAUACUUGGGCGCGUUCGCUGCGGCCGCCUCUGUCCUUGGCGUCUACAGCGAUGCGAUCCAGUCUGUAAGCAACGGGACUUUGACUAUGAACGAAGAGACACAAGAUCCAGGACUGGCUGGCAUUUUUGCCACUUAUCCAGCCCCAUGGCUCUCGGUUGCUGGAGGGCUUGGCGACCAGAUAUUGGGCACCAUGUUGUUAUUGCUCUGCAUCUGCGCCAUCACGGACAAAAAGAACACACAAAUCCCUUCUGCUUUAGUGCCUAUGUACGUGGGAUUCACCAUCCUAGGCAUCGGUGUUUGCUUUGGUGCUAAUUGCGGUUAUGCGCUCAAUCCGGCCAGAGAUCUUUCCCCACGACUCAUCAGUCUUAUCGCCGGAUGGGAACAAUCUUUCAGCUGGAACAACUACAACUGGUUCUGGAUUCCAAUUGUUGGCCCGCAUAUCGGAGCUAUCCUCGGAGUUUUUAUUUACAUCGCUUUCGUUGAAGCUCACUGGCCUGAGGAUGGAGACGAACUGGUACCCGCGAACGUGCCACGAGGAAAUUUCAACAAAGACAGGGGUGAGAAGAUCCAGACCAUGGAUAUGGAGAGUUACGCCGCGUCGACAUAAGAAGGGCAACCACCUUGCCAUCCUAUUUCUUCCGUCACCGAGACCACCGUCGUUCCAUUCUUUUGUUGUAUCGCUGAUCCUCAUUAUUUUGUCUUCAUUUGGGAAAUGGACCACUGUAUACUCCUCCAUACAAAAAAAAAACGAAUUUUUAACUAUUUUGAUUGGAACUAGUUUUAUUUACUUCAUGCAUUCAAACAGAGUAUCUCCAUCCCUAUAUUUUCACACGUACAGGAAACUAUGGCAUGAAAUCACCUAUGAAUAUUCCUGUACCCAGCAAGCAGCUAACGUGUAUCCCUAAUGAAUCAUUCUGUAACGUUACACUAUUGUAGCCGUGUUAUUUUUUCGGCACUUUAAGCUGACAUACAUGUACAAAAGCACAUUUUUCCCCCUUC